UACUUUGGAUUAUUACGUAUAAUUUUAUUAAUUAAAAAUGAAAUAUAAGAUUGGUGGAAAUUCUAGCCAUUUUGCGAUUUAAUCAAAGUACGACGUAAAUCAUAUUAAAGAAAUACAAUUAAAAAAAACAUAAUCAAUACCGUAAAAGUUUUAGUUUUUCUUGUCUGGUAAUGAUUUAACGAUGACGAUGUCUGAUGGAGUAGUCUACCAUAUUAAUUAAUGAUGAAUUUGGAAGAAAAAAGUCUUCGCAAUGUUCAAAACUAUCGUAUGUAAAAGCUGUUGGCUUCAAGCGCGACGUGAUCGAUACGCAAUCGUUCUGCCGAGUAUUUCCGAAGUUAUCCGUAAAGAAACGAAGGUAACCGAAUAUUAACGAAGUUGGUCGAGGUAGUAUAGUGAGCAAACGACGCGUACGGAAGAACGCGGGGUCUUCUCCGGCUUGGAUUGAAACAGCGUUCGCGUCUACGGGCGCGGUUUUGCGUCUCGAGCUGGCGUUUUACAUGGUAAAAUGUCCUCCCUCGAUUAUCUGGACUUGUGUCGAUUAUGUCUCGUGAAGGACCGUGUUUCGGUGCCAAUUUUCGAGGGUGAAGGAGACGUACGACAAAUAUUUCUCAAGAUCGCUGCCUGCCUACCGGUCAAGCUUACAAGAGAAGAUAAGUUACCUAAGAAGAUAUGCGAUGAUUGUGUGUAUAAAGUAGAAUUAUUUUACCAAUUUUGGAACACAACAGCAAACGCAGAAAAACAACUUUUGCAAUGGCUAGGAGAAGUCAGUUUAGAAGACAAACAGGGUUAUGUUACCAAUGUUCUCAAUCCGAGUGUAAUGAAACAAGAACAGAGUACAGAGAACAGGUUAGAUGGCAAUGUGAUGCAGCAAGUAGAGGAGCAUCAAAACAAUAUGGGGAUGGGUAUGAUGGAUAACAUGGGUUUGGGUAUUCCCAUGAUAAUAUCCAGUGCUAAUCAACAACAAAUCACCUCAGUUCCUAUGGACACCAGCAACAAUUCUGUACAAACUAUUCAGGCAGUACCUGGUCCAAGUUCACAAACUACACAUAACCAAAUACCACAGAAUCAAACAAGCUCUACGCAACAAGAAGAUGAAGAAGAAAGUAGUGAAGAUGAAGAAAACUCUGACGAAGAAUGUGAUGGAGAUGAAGGCCUACCUGUAAAAGAAGAAAGUGAAGAAGAUCCUAGCAAUAGAACUAUAGAGCCUACUACCUUUGUAAAUGUUUCCUUGGCAUGUGAUGAAGCAGGUCCUUCAGGACUACAGCAACAGAAGAUUUCAGAUAUGCCUGAGAUGCCAAUUCCACAGCCAGCUGAUGGGGAUCCCAAAUCUGGAUAUUUUACAACAAAGGUACCGAUGCUAGCUCAGGAUCAGCAGGAAUGCAGCCCGAACGAGAUGUUCAAACAAGAGGAAGAUACGGAACAGCUGCUCAUCGCAAAUCGUUUGCACGUGCCGAGCGUGGAGAAUACGGAGAUAAUCAUCACCGAUGGUAUCGUGCAGUGCGAUCUCUGCGGAGACGGUUUCGUUUCCGAGCAUGCUCUGGCGCUCCAUUUAAAAGUUCACGAACAGGACGAGGUGCAGGUGCAAGACGACCAGUUUGUAUGCGAGCACUGCGGUUGCAGUUUCGCGAAGAUGUCCACGUUCAAGGAGCAUCAAGCGGAGCACGAAACUAACGAGAGUUACGUUUGCGAGACGUGCGACUAUGUUAUGGAAGAUAAAGAAAGUUUGAUCGCUCAUCAGAAGCAGCACAACAUUGAGUACGAGUGCGAGAUUUGCGGCGCGAGUUUCGAUUCUUCCGCCGGUUACGAGGAACACCAGGCGGUGCACUCGGACGAAAAACCGUUUCAAUGCGAGAUAUGCCACGCUCCGUUUCGCUAUCGUCAAGGUUUGCGAUUGCACGCGAAGCUGCACCAACCUGAUUACGUGCCACCGCAGAGGAAGCAUCACUGCGAGCUCUGCAAUAAACGGUUUUCCAGAAAACAGGUGUUGCUGGUGCACAUGAAGACCCACGGGAACGUGGGGCCCCAGAACGAAUACAUUUGCCCGGUUUGCGGCAAGGCUGUGUCCAGUAAGACUUACUUGACCGUGCAUUUACGAAAGCAUACAGGUGAGAAACCACACGUUUGCGAUCUCUGCGGCAAAGGAUUUAUCUCGCAAAAUUAUCUGAGCGUGCAUCGGCGCACGCAUACGGGUGAAAGACCCCAUAAGUGCACCCACUGCGAGAAACGAUUCACCCAACGAACCACCCUGGUGGUGCACCUCAGAGGUCAUACCGGCGAUCGACCGUAUCCUUGCACGUGUUGCCAUAAAUCUUUUGCCUCGAAAACGAUGUUGAACUCACACUUAAAGACUCACGCUAAACAGAGUGCGCGGCAACAACAGGAGCAACAGCAGCAGCAACAGUUGAAACAGGAGCAAGAGGUCCAGCAUCAAGAGCAGUCUCUUGACACGAUAACUAUAUUGUUACCUAGUUACGUUCUCGUUCCGUGCGUGAAGGAAGCGUCCGAUUACAAGGCUGCUCACGCUGUGUUGUCUUUUUGCAGAGCGAAAAACGUGAAGACGAUAGCAGCCAAGCCGAAUCAAUCUCGCGAGCCUAGAUCGUCCAACGAGGAAGAUCGGUUUGUCGUUGUCGAGGAGGGUGUCGAUAACGAAUCGUGCGUUGUCGAGGAGGAGGAGGAGGAGGAGGAGGAUGCCGCGGCAUCGUGUCGAUGCGAGUCGUGCGACGAAGAUUUCGCCACGGAGGCUGCUCUGUUGGUGCACAGAACCGAGCGUUCGAUCCUUCGAACUCGGGAGGCGUUGAGAAAGGCCGAGAAGAAAUACACUUGCGACUCGUGUUGCGAGAGUUUCGCGAAGAAGGUGCAGUUGUUCAAGCAUCGGCGAGGUCGGUGCAAAGAGUCGGCGAGGGGCGUGGAUGGGAAGCAGCGCAGGGGAAAGGAAAAAGCGGUGAAAAGGGAGGAGCAGAACGUUUCCUCGGCUGGCCCGAUAGAGUGCAACGUGUGCCACAAGGUGUUCAAGAAGAAGAAGUACCUGAACGUUCACAAAACGUUGCACGGGGCACCCCAUAUAUGCCACGUGUGCGGCGCGAAACUCACCUCGGAAUAUUACUUGAAAAUACACAUAAGAAGGCACAACAAGGAGUUCACCGAGUUCUGCCAGAUCUGUAACAAAGGGUUUUAUCUGAAGGCCACACUGAAGACGCACAUGAGCGUGCACACCGACGACAAGCCUUGCACGUGCGAGAUUUGUCACAAGUCUUUCGGUAAUCGGGUCUACCUGAGAAGUCACAUGAAGAUCCAUAGCCAGCCCGAGAACAGGAGGAAGUACAAGUGCGAGAUAUGUGGAUUCGAGACGUUCUACAGCUACUGUUACAAGGAGCAUCUUUGGACUCACACGGGGGAGAGUCAAGUGGCAUGCGAGGUUUGCGGGAAAUUGAUCAGGAGGCAGUACAUGAAAAUUCAUAUUAGGAUACACACUGGAGAGAAACCGGAGGUCUGUGAAUAUUGCGGGAAAGCGUUUAGCUCGAGGAAGUAUCUGAUCAAGCACAGAAGAACCCACACCGGCGAGAGACCUUACAAGUGUAAAAUUUGCGAGAAACGUUUCACGCAACGGGGCACCCUGAGCGCUCAUUUGCGCCGACACGAGACCGCCAAAUGGAAAUCGUUCAUUCUUAUUCUCGUUGAAAGCAAGAGAACAUCGAAAUCGCCAUCGAUUACGAGGAUCGAACCAUCGUUCGAAGAUAUGAUCACGGAAAAAUCAGUGAUAGUAUUUUCGAUGUUAAAAGAAGAGGACCACCGAUCGACGAAUGAAACACGACGGAAAUACGACGAAAAUUCGGAACGUUUCAACGCCAAUAUCGAAGAACGUUCUCGCGUAACUUCGAACGAGCAAGAGUGUAAAGGGACGUCGAAAGAAGAGGCGACUUCGACGAGGCAGCAGACGUUCUAUCAGUGUCAAAUAUGCAGGAAACUUUUCAGGACGAAGAACCUGUACGAGGGCCACCUGGUGUCGCACAGCGACGCUCGACCGUAUCAGUGCGACAUUUGUGGAAAAUCGUUCAAAAGGAGCAACACUCUAACCGUCCACAGAAGGAUCCACACCCGGGAGAAGAACUUCGUGUGCGACGUGUGCGGCCACGCGUUCGUCCAAGCGUUCCAGCUGACCAUCCAUCAGAGGCGCCAUUUCGAAAAGUACACGAGAUACUGCGAGAUCUGCAAGAAAGGAUUCUUCACGAACGCCGAGCUCCACGGUCACAUGAACGUGAAGCACGGUGCCAAGGAGCACGUGUGCCAGAAUUGCGACAAGUCGUUCCCUAACAAUCACAGCCUGGUGAAGCAUCUCAAGUUUCACGACCCGAACUUCAAACCUGUGAAGCAUCAGUGCGAGUUCUGCGGGAAGACGUUCGUCUACAAGAAUUCGUUGGUGUUCCACGUGAAGACCCAUAUGGGCGAGAACAAGCACACGUGCCAUCUCUGCGGCAAAUCGGUGUCCUCCAAGGGAUCCCUCCAGGAUCAUCUCCGUCUUCACAGCGGGGAGAAGCUGUUGAUCUGCGACAUCUGCGGCAAAGCUUUUCGCAAGAGGAGCACCUUGGUUGUUCACAAAAGGACUCAUACAGGGGAGAAGCCGUACAGUUGCGACACGUGUGGGAAAUCGUUCACCCAACAUUCCACGCUGGUCGUUCACAAACGAUAUCACACGGGCCAAAGGCCGUAUCAUUGCGAGUUUUGUACAAAAUCGUUCGUUUCCAGGUCGUCUUUGAACGCUCAUAACAAAGUGCACGCGCAAGUGAACGCUGCUACUACUACUACUACUACUAUUACUACUACUAUCACGGUGAAUCAAACGGAGUGGUACAACCAGCUACCUUUCUCCGAAGAGUAUUACCCGAUGGCGAUGUUGACGAAGCUCGAGCUGGUGAAGAAGGACGUGGACGCCACGUCGCCUGUAAAAACGGGAGACACGGACGUUGCCAACAACUCGCCCUUUCCACCCGUGCUGAACCCGGAGCAAAGCUUCAUCAAGCAAGAGGUGGCGGACGAGAUCGACGAGGAGGAUCUGCCCCUCGCCUACCACUGCAAGAUAUGCGGCGUGUUCUUCGCCUCUCAGGCGUUACUCGACAAUCACGAGAUCGAGCACAAGAGCAAACGGAAGAACACUUGCAACCAGUGUGGAAGGGUGUUCAGAACGUACGUGAACUUGCGCAAACACAUGAAGAAGCACAACGGGCGGAAAGGCGGCGGUGGCCGCAAGGCGAGCAACAACGCGUCCACGGUUGCCAACCGUUCCAACAUAAAGGUGAAGAAAGAGAAGCCCGAGAUGGAGUUCAUCUGUAAAACGUGCAACAAGGUGUUCAGACACAAGAGCAACUAUCAGAAGCACCUGAUGCGGCACACGGUCGGCGACCUCACUUGCAAACACUGCCCCAAAAAGUUCCGCCUGUUCCGCGACCUGACCAGGCACGAGAAGACCCACUUCUACCCAAGCUACAUGUGCAAGGAGUGCGACUACGAGACCACGGUGUUGGCCGCACUGAGCAUCCACAUGCUCCGGCACACCGACAAGAACGAUCUGCCCUUCCAAUGCAACGACUGCGACAAACGUUUCCGCAAAGCGAUCGAUCUGCAGGAGCAUUACAACAUACACUCGGGCGACAAGCCUUUCGCCUGCCAGUUGUGCGGGACCGCCUUCUAUCUCAGACGACAGCUCUCCGCCCAUUGCAGACGCAUGCACCCGGAGAUGAAGGCGAACAAAGUGACGAGCACGGCUUGCGAUAUCUGCGGCCGAGUUCUCGCCACCAAGAGAUCCUUGUUCCGGCACAAGGAGAGCCACAACCCCACGAAAUUGUACCUGUGCGAUUACUGCGGCAAGAGUCUGAGCAGCGCGGAACAUUUGAAGAAGCACAGGCGCAUCCACACAGGGGAGAAACCGUACGUGUGCGACAUCUGUGGCAAAGGUUUCACCGAUUCGGAAAAUCUCAGGAUGCACAGAAGGGUGCACACAGGGGAGAAACCGUAUAAAUGCGACCAGUGCCCGAAAGCUUUCUCGCAGAGGUCGACGUUGACCAUCCACAGGCGGGGUCACACGGGAGAACGGCCCUACGUGUGCCAGAUCUGCAAUCGUGGUUUCUCGUGCCAGGGCAACCUGACGGCCCAUCAGAAGUCGACCUGCGUAGAUCUCGGGAACGUAGAUUGGGACGUGAAAUCCGAAGCCAGCAGUGAGAGGACCAUCGAGGUCUUGGAAUCAGAACUAGAACCGCUUCCAUCCCCACCCGAGCAAGAAGCGUUGUACGAAUUGGCCGAGGAGGAGGCCGGUGCUCCUCGAGCCGAGGCCUCCUCCAACUCCUCCUCCUAUCGCGCGACAUUAAAUCACGCAACGAGCGAGAGGCGAGCGACAAUAGCGAGAAAAGUAGGGACGAGGUGGCACGGGUUCGAGGACGACGAGGAUGAGAAACGUUACACGUGCUCCGUGUGCGAGUUGGAAUUCGCCAAGCACAGGGAUUACAAGCGUCACAUGGUGAAGCACAGCGACGCCCGCCCCUACAUAUGCGCCACCUGCGGCAAAGCUUUCAAACGUUCCUCGGAGAUAUGCAAUCACAGGCGGAUCCAUCGCGACAUCAAGUACUCGUGCGAGGUGUGCGGCUUCACGACCAACAACAAGAUCUCGUUGAGAAUGCACCAUAGGCGGGUCCACGAGCGGGAUUACCGUUACCGUUGCGACCAGUGCGACAAGGGUUUCAUGUCCAACUACGAUCUGGAGGAUCACAAGACGAGCCAUCUCGAGACCAAGGCGUUCAUAUGCGAGUUCUGCGGGAACGGUUACUCGCAGAGGUCCUAUCUGGUCUCCCACAAACGGGUGAUGCACGGGAUCAAGAUGAGCACGCCCAAGGCGUUCCAGUGCAACGUGUGCAACAAGAGGAGCUUCGCGACCGAGCAGGAGCUUCGUAGCCACUUGAAUCUCCACUCGCAGAUGUUCCUGUGCGCGGAAUGCGGCCAGAAAUUCGCGACCAACUAUGCGUUGAAGCUCCACUGCCGGAGGCACACGGGCGAGAAGCCGUAUCAGUGCCCGUUUUGCCCGAAAGCUUUCGCCAGGUCGCCCGCGCUCAGGGUCCAUAAACUGACCCACACAGGGGAGAGGCCGUACGUGUGCAACAUAUGCGGGCAGAGUUUCACGCAGAGGAGCAGCCUGAUGGUGCACCACAAGAAGCAUCCUGGAAAUCAUCCACCGCCCCCUCCCCUACCGCUCACCAGACUCGCCAAGGACAAGUCAUAGCGUUUCUGGAGCAUAAUAAUAAUAAUAAUAAUAAUAACUAAUAAUAAUAAUAAUAAUAAUAAUAAUAAUAAGGGAGGAAAGGGAUUUAGGGAUUAAUUAAACGUAGGAUGGAAAAAAAUUUCGAUCGAUCGGUCUUUUCUCUAGGAGAGGAGAUUUGUCGAGGUUUUUUUUUCCACGUUUUCAUCUUCGAAACCCGGUUUCUACGAAUGUCUCAUACGAAUUUUUUUUAACUACGUUACGCUUGAUUCCAUUUGCGCUUUUCUUUCUUUCUUUUUUUUUUUUUUUUACGUUUCUUUUCCUUUCUUCUCGUUUCCGCUAAUUAAGUUAAGUCCAACAACGGAAUCACAACGGAAUGACUCGAGCGUUUUUUUGUACAUGGUCGAUAAUAAUGGGUAAUUGUUUAUCGUCGUUCUCGCUUGUGGAAGUGAACGAGCAGUGGAGGAAUUAUUUAUAACGAUAUUUUUAUAAGAUUCAGAAUAAAAAAGCUGCUUAAAUCCGUAAAUCCGAAGUUUUGCAAAAGGGGGAAAUUGUACGCCGUACAUUUCAUCGAUGCAACAGUUCAAACAAACUGUUUUAAUCCCUUAGCGUUAUCUCUUGUAUUCCGUUUAAGUUUCGAAUUAUUGUGAACUAUUGUACAGCAUCCUGGGGGAAAGAAAAAAAGAAAAAAAAUAAAAAAAUAAAAAAUCGCGAUGAAGCUUCCGUAAUAAUGAUGAUUCGAACGACGAAGAUUGAUUAAGAAAAACUUGCUUCGUUAGUGAUAUUCAAAUGUUCAAGUUGAUUAUUAUCGAGAGAAUAAAUAUGUACAUAAAAGUAAAUGUACUUAAGCGAAAGUUGGUUGGUGUAAAGUACAGUUAAACGAUUGAAUUGCACGAUUAGGAAGGAGUGAAAAUGGCGUUUAAUAAAAAGAAUAGAUCGUUUAAGUAUAACGAAUUACGAGCCUUACGAAUGUCGAUCGUCGAUAAUGAAGAAGAAGAAGAAGAAGAAGAAGAAGAAGAAAAAGAAGAAAAAGAAGAAAAAGAGAGUGAGAGAGUGGGAGAGAAAGUAAGAUAGCGUGAGAAUGGAAGCGAGUUUCGUGAACUUCGGUUGUUCUAGAAGCUGUGACAAUUUUACUAAUGUAAGUAGACACUGAACUGUAAAUUCACACAUUAACCCGGAGAUCGAAUUGUUUCAGUGCAAUGUUCGACGCAUUCAUUGCUUGUACUGAAUUCUUUGUUCCUUUAAUUAAAUCCUUUUCAGAAAUC